AUGGACAAACCUGAACUUUCUCAAGCUACACCUAAUCAUCAGACCUGGAUCUCAUCAGGAACUCCAGUGGUGACCUUCAAUCCAAGGCAGCACCUAGUAAAUGAACAAGAUAUUGACUUUGCAAGUUCCCUAGCAGCAGACAGGGAAAAGGAGGAGUCUAGACAGGCAGCAAGAGCUCGCAGAACAUUGGAGCGUACUGAAAGGACUAGGCAAAGAGAACAAAGAAAAGAGGAAAUAGAACAGCUACAAACAAAGGCUGUUGGAGAUCUGCAAAUCUUAUUCAUAACAUCUCUAGCUGAGGAUCAUGUCUCACUUGUAUUUGUGUUACCAGACCAGACAGUCUUAGAAAAGACUUUAUCUAAAAAAACAUCUUCUGAGGUUCUUCACCUGUAUGUAGAGGCAUGUACAGAUGUUGUUUUGGCAAAGCUUGUGUAUUGUGGUCAGCUACUAGUAAGAGAGGAUUCAACUAUAGAAAGCCUUGGUAUAACAGGGAACUCCAGAAUCAUUGUUGAAGAGAAUCUUGAGGAAAUCCUUGAUGAUAGCAGCUCUGAAGAAGAACCUGAAGAUUCAGAACCUAUCAACCUCCUUAAUGUAAAUGAUCUCACAGAUUUAGAAACAAGAAGAGACAGGAUUCGAGAAGGCCUUCUUCCUGCCAUCAAUGUCACUAUAAGAAGAGAAGACAUCAUUCAAGAUGUACUCACUACUUACAGAGAGCACCCAGACAUUAUUCACCACCACAUCAAUUGUACUUUUGUUGGGGAAGAAAAUGCUCUAGACUUAGAGGGUGUGACUAGGGAAAUGUUUUCUGUUUUUUUUAUGGCCGUCAUUAUGAAGUUUUUCAUCGGGAACCAACAUAAACUCCCUAGAGUUGAUGCAAGAACUUUAUUUAAUGGGACCCUUCAGUUGAUAGGUAAAAUCAUCAGUCAUGCAUAUGUGUUGUGUAAUUAUCUUCCUCAAGGAAUUUCACCGCUUCUUUACAUCUUUGCUGGCAAUGGCAUAUAUACUGAUGAACUCCUUUUGCAAACAUUUUCAUCAUUUAUCACUGAAACAGAUAGUAACCUUGUGAACCAUCUAUUAUCAAACACAAAUUGGGACGGCCUACACGCUGAGAUUGUAAAUCUCAUCUCUACAUAUGGAGGUUUUGAGGUACCAACAAAAGCUAAUGUUAAACAGACUAUUCUUGACUUGGCGAAAAUAAAUAUGACUGUUAUCCCAUGUGUUCCUAUUUCUAAAAUCAAAGUGGGUAUGGACUGCUACCAUUUGUUAUGGAACGGUGUUACUGAACAUGUGAUUAUUAAUUUAAUGAAUCAAUACAAACCGACACAUUUGAAAGUCAUCAACCUAAUAUCCUAUACAACAUCAGAUGACCCAACCCUAUGUUCCUUAGAAGAAAAGGUCAAGACUUAUUUUGAAAGAUUCAUCAGAAGCCUUUCCAACCAACAACUUCUCCAUUUUCUUAAGUUUUGGACAUCAAGUGACAUUUUAUGUUUACCCAGGCUUUACGUUUCUUUCAAUUCCACUGAAGGCUUCAACAGAAGACCUAUUGCAAACACUUGUUCAGCUACUUUUCAAAUAAGCCGUUUUUAUUUUUCUGCCGAUGAACUUACAGAAGAAUGUUCCUUCAUCCAAGCAUAUCUUGGAUGUGCAGGAUGA